AACCUGAGCCCUUUAGGAAAAUAUCCCACCCCCAGGUUUAGUCCUUCCUUCCAAUGGAAGGGAACCUAUCUCAGAGUGAAACUGCGUAGGGACCCAAUGGAAAAAGAAUUUUCACGCUACCAAACAAAAAUUGGCCCUGCGUUCGCAGAAGCAGCCAAUGAGAUGCACAACGGGACCCGCCCCCCAGCCGGCCACGGCCAAUGGUGCUGCGCCUCCAGGCGACACUCUUGGGAAGAUGGCUGCUGCUGUGCUGCUGGCUGUGGGUUUGCGCGCUGCGCACAGAACCCUGGCAGCGGUGGGGUCCCGGGGGGCGCAGGUCCGAGGAAAUGCAGGUGUGUCCAACGGGAGUGAAGUGGCCAAGGCCCAGAAAGCAGCUCCUGGAGGAGCAUCGCCAACCAUCUUCUCCCGGAUUUUGGACCGAAGCCUCCCAGCUGACAUUCUAUAUGAAGAUCAGCAGUGCCUAGUGUUCCGUGAUGUAGCCCCUCAGGCUCCUGUGCACUUUCUGGUCAUUCCUAGGAAGCCCAUUCCUCGAAUCAGCCAGGCUGAGGAAGACGACCAGCAGCUUCUAGGACACUUGCUCCUAGUAGCCAAGAAGGUAGCCCAGGCCGAGGGUCUGAAAGAUGGGUAUCGCCUUGUGGUGAAUGAUGGCAAGAUGGGUGCACAAUCUGUGUAUCACCUGCACAUUCACGUACUUGGAGGUCGACAGCUGCAGUGGCCACCUGGCUAAGCCUGCCAGCUGGCCAAGGACCACAGGCCUGGAUGCUUGGAUGGAGAAUGGGAAAAGGAAUCCUGGGGUGUUAAUAAACUUGUUCUCCCUCAA